GGAGAUGACUUCUUAUCUAGGCGACUAUCAAUUUGGAGUUGGUGUGCCGGUCGGUGUGGAGAGUAUCUUACAUGCUGUAAAUUGCUUACUGGAGUUGAAAGGCCACUCGAAUAAAAUGUCAAUGUUGCUUAUUGACUUUUCCAAUGCUUUCAACAUGCAAGGAGACCCCCUUGGUCCCUUGUUGUUUGCAUUGAAUCUUCAUCCUCUUGUGAAGACUAUUGUUUCUCGCUGCACACUUGAUUUACACGCUUGGUACCUUGAUGACGGUACCAUUAUUGGGGAUACUAUGGAGGUAGCCAAGACCUUGAGUAUAAUAGAAGCUGAAGGACCUAGCAGGGGGUUACACCUGAAUGUCCGAAAAAUCGAAGUCUUUUGGCCAUCUAUUGAUCCCAGAAGUACACUUGAUGGUGUAUUCCCCCUGACAUUGGUAGGCCCUCUAAUGGCGUUAAGCUCUUGGGCGGACCUGUGAGACUUCAUUAGUG